AUGUCCACCACUGUGACCACCUCUCCCAAUGGCAAAAAGCAACUCUACGCCACCUCCUCCCCCUACGAAGACAUAAUCGGCUACUACCGCGCCGUCCGCCAUGGCGCCCACAUCUUCGUCGCCGGAACCACAGCCGUUGACCCAACAUCUCCAGCCUCGGCCCCCCAGCUCCUCUAUCCAGGCGACGCGAAGAACCAGACAAUUGUCGCGCUGCGGGAGAGCGUGAAAGCAGUUGAGGCAUUGGGUGGUACAGGCGCUGCUAGCGUUGUACGAGUGAAGAUGUUUGUUGCGCGCUCGGAGGACUGUAUGGCUGUUGGAGAGGGGUUCAGGGAGGUACUGGGGAAGCAGCAGGGGGGUGGGAUGGGGGCCGCGGCGACGAUGAUUGUGGUGCAGAAUGGGUUUGUGAAUCCGGAGAUGUUGGUGGAGGUGGAGGUUGAUGCCAUUGCAGAUGAGUGA